AUGGCCCCAGCUCCCUUCCAACAACUUGCCGCCCAAAAUGGUUCGGUGGAGACCUUCUGCACUACCCGUAACGAUCCACUCAACUGGGGUGUGGCUGCCGAGUCUCUCAAGGGAAGCCAUCUCGAUGAGGUGAAGCGCAUGGUGGAGGAGUACCGGAGGCCCCUUGUCAAGCUUGGUGGUGAAACUCUCACCAUUUCCCAAGUGGCUGCCAUUGCCACUCGUGAUAAUGAUGUGAUGGUCGAGUUGGCCGAGUCUGCUAGAGCUGGUGUUAAAGCUAGCAGUGAUUGGGUUAUGGAGAGCAUGAACAAAGGCACUGAUAGUUAUGGUGUUACUACUGGCUUUGGUGCUACCUCUCAUAGAAGGACCAAUCAAG